GGAAGAGAGGCGGGGUCGCCCAGGCCGGUAUUUAUACAUGCGACGCCGACGGGCCUCAGCCCUCAACCCAUCCGCCCCUCAGCCUCUGUGCGGGUCUGAGAUAUGAGCGCAUUUCUGCACGUCGUCUCCAGUCACAACCACCACCCCCCUCUGCUGUCCCAGUCCUUUGCCCUGACUGGAUGUCCUGGAUGGACCUAAUGACCCAGUGUGGUGCAGCUGCCGUUCAGACUGGCAGGUUGGUGCCAACCGCUUUUCUACGGGAUGCCUUGGCUGGAUGCAGCAGGGCAGGCGCAAGAGUUACUGCAGUGGGAUGGGGUUUUCUUACCCGCUAACAGGAUAAUCAACAGAUAAAGAAUAACCGAUAGCCGGUCUGCAUCAAGCGCUCCACUGCGUAGGAGUUCCAACUACAGAGUACAGAGCACUGUGAUCAGAUUGGCCGCCCAGCAUGCAGCCAGGCAAGGUGACACAUCCUAUCGCCUGCUUGUGCAGAGGCGUGGCACAGGAGAUUGAGCUUGAGCUGGCCGCCGACCAUUCGGUCCUCAAUUUGUGUCAUUGCGCCGCCUGUCGCACGGUCACAGGCAUGCUGUGCUCUACGUAUUAUCCCCUGCAGGCUAAGCCACCGAGCCUGGACGGCCUCCAGAAAUACCGGGAAGCGGCCUGGGUAAGCCGCUAUUUCUGUCAGACCUGUGGCGCCCAUGUCUUUGUGCAUACGAAGCACACCGGGCAAUUCUUUGUUGCAGCCGGAUUGCUAGUGCGGAGUCCUCCCACCAAAGCUAUACGGCAUUGGCGGGCGGCCGAGACGCGUGAUGGUGGUCUGACCUCGUUUCUCCCUGGGGAAUCAGGGAAUCCCGCUUCAGCGUGUUGGCUUCACACCGUUCUGAGCUGUCCUUCCGAGACAGUACUCGAGACAUCAUCCCGCAGUUCCGACGAACUACUUGCCCGCUGCCAUUGUGGGGGAGUAGAAUUUUAUAUCACGCGACCGGAUGCUUCAUCCACGAAGCCCACCUCACCGUGGCCCGACCUGCUUGCGCCGUAUCACUCACAAUCCUCAAGAAAUCCAGGAGACGUGAAGUGGUGGCUGCAGGAUGGAAACACCAAAUAUCUGGCAGGGACUUGCGCCUGUCCAUCCUGUCGCCUAGCCAGCGGGUUUCCAAUUCAAUCGUGGGCGUUUAUUCCCAAAUCGAAUCUCUACGACACCCGCAGAGCGCCGCUGGCAUUUGGCACUGGCACAAUGCGGCAGUACAAUAGCUCCGCGGGAGUUUACCGCGAGUUCUGCGGCUGCUGUGGAGCAUCGAUCUUUUGGCACAAUGAAGAACGACCGCUGCUGAUCGAUGUGAGUAUUGGCCUGCUCCGAGCCGAGGAAGGAUCCAGAGCUAGUGGGUGGUUGAAAUGGGCCACGCAGAGAGUGAGCUUUGCGGAGAUGGCAUUGGAUCAAGCGUUGAUUCAGCAGUUGCAAAACGGGCUGAAGAGGGGAGAGACAGAUCAGAAUGCGAGUAUGGAGUAUGGAGGGAGUAGAUAGAUACAAUUGAAGGAUAGAGCGGUCCUCACCGCCUUCUGAAUGCAGCCGAGUCGUUGCCCUUCCGCCUCGCCGCUUAAAAAAAAGGAUCGGAGCGCGUCACUGUGGGUUGAUCACAUCUACUACGAGUCCCACGUUAUCUUGACUGUGCUCUCUUCAUUCCUUCCUGCCCUGACCAUGCCGCCGGCCUUCGAGUUUCGCGGAAAUGACCGACGGUCUUCACAUCACCCCAGACAUGAGUUCACUUUCCGGUAUUCGCGACCUGGAACGGCCGAACGACCGCUCUUGAGAUCCAGGCGAGAGGCCACCCCAGAACAGCUGCUUCCCGCCGG